AUGGUCAGUUUAUCGUUCCUCCUCCGCCCGAUGAUCAUUCUAUGCUUUUCAUUUCUAUUCGGCCGUAUCAUUGCCGAUUCUGGUCUGAUCCGCACCACCUAUAAUGGAGCGGUCGAGGAAACUUAUGUUUGCAGUGGUGAGAAGCGGGUAGCAACUUUAUUACUCUCUGGCCCGGAUAAAAAUAGGAUGUUUUCUUGGAAAGGGAAGAGAGUUACGGCCUUAUCUGGGAAUUGUGAUUGUGCACCCGAACGCGACGGAGUUCGAUUACUUGUUUGUCAAGAGGAACCGGAUUUUGACUUGCACAAGGGUACAGACCCAGACACGCCGCCGACCUGUUGCAACCUGCUAAAAUUUCGUUACAUCCAAUCGGUACUUCAUGCAAAGACGUGUCAAUUGAAAACCAUCUGGUCAAAAACGGCUGGAAGAGUGACACAAAGCAGAGCGCAGAGCGUGUCCCCGACAUGUGCACCGUACGCUGAUCUGCAAAUAACCCACGGCAAGGUGUAA